ACAAAAAAAUAAUCUUCAGUAAAUUAAACAGAAGGCGGAAAAAUUACGUUAUCUGUUAAAAAAAAACUAGGGAGAUUAUCAAAAGAUGAUAACAUUUCCAAUGAUUAUAUUAUUGAUUAUAUUGCAUCUGUCUGUUGAUGUGUUUGGCUAUUUGUCUCUGUAUGUGUGUUGUAUAAUGCAGAAGUAAAUAUAUAUAUAUAUAUUUUUUUUUCAAUAUUUUCCCAAAGGAAUCACAUCAAAAGAAUCUUUGAAGCUAAUUUUAUCUACUUAAUUAUAUCCAUGCGCGCAUAUACAUAUAUAUAUCGAAUAAAUGAAAUCUCGUUUAAACAUGCAUAUAUCAUAAUGAGUUAUUAUGUACUUUUGUGCAUUAUUGAAUGUGUAUUCAAACACAGGUUUAAUAAUAAGCCUCUGAAAGAGGACUUACGCCACUUGGAUUAAGAUAACAUCGAGAAAUGAGUUAUAAGCGCGUACAUUUGUGUCAGUUCGUAUACUUAUAAUUAUAUAAUUGGCACGUGGUAUAUGUAACGAGGAAAACUACUGGCUGAGAGAGGACUCGUUGCCCUUCUAGCACCAGAGAGAAGCAAAUUCGAGAUCAAGGUCGUCGUGAUCGCUUCGCUCGCGCGCCCACGAAAACGCGUCGAGAUUAUACAACAGAAUGAAUGAGAGGGAGAGAGAGGGUGGAGAAGAGAAAUAGAGUUAGAGUCAAAAUACAGGGAUCCAAGAAUCUGUUUUAGAAUCUUUAGAAGUCUCAGUGUCUAAGAAUACGAUUUUCUGCCUUGUCUUCCUCUUGCCCUCUCAACCUUUCUUCUCUUUUCCAGUGUAGGAUAAACAAUGACAACAUUGGAAUUUACAUCGGACGAUCAGGAUGUUGGGUAAUUUUGUCGGUUACUUGUUCGGAAAUAAUUAUUCCGGCACACAAGAUUCGCUCGAAGAGGAUCCUCGAACCCGAGGGAUAAUGCGGAGAUUCAGGCAAGUGGAGGUCGAGGACGAUGAAUGGAUCCUCAUUGACCGAACUGUUGAGGGUACGCUGGAGGAGCCGUGGUAUGAAAUGCCACCGGCAGUGUUCACCAAAGGGCCCAUUAAAGUGGCAACUUCUCCUAUGGAGAAUCUGCUGAUAGAGCAUCCUAGCAUGUCGGUGUACUCCGUCGUCUCGGGUACGUCUCCCCCUGUCACUCCGGACACUCCACCCCCUUCGCCGGACAGAUGGAUAGAGGACCAAAAGGACGUCGAUGUCCGACAAACCGCCGACGUUCCUCAAAAUGUCCCCCCGGCGCCGCCAGCUGAUCUCUCGUCCUCCACGUCCUCCGCGCUUUGUACCGUGUCUACGUCCUUGGAUAGUCUAGACCGAAGUAACAUCGACGAAUUGUCCCGCAGAGUUGUCGCGGAAUUACAAGCCAUUCACAACGACAAACUGCCCGCAUCAGAUAGCAAUAAUAACGGAGUUAGGAUCGGAAAUCAGCUCCGGUCCGCUCAGCAACGAGCUCAGGAGGUGUUACAAAAACGCUCGACUCAGGGCCUGAAGAGGACCCGUUUAGAAAGGAGCAACAAGGCGCGUCAGGCAAAAGGCAAGCGGCUACGUCGCCAAGACCGUUUGCGCGUUUGUCACAGCGGCGCCAAUAACAACCGAAAAUGCUAGUCAUCCGAUCUCAGGUCAACCUGUACUUAAACUUCUUCCUAAAACGCGACGAUCAACGCAAUGACAAAUAUAGAUUACUCGGUGAAAUUUCGCUGCAAUGACAAAAGUUAGUAUUUACAAGAAUUAUCAUCGAUGAAAGAGUAACAAAAUCCUUUUUGCGGUAUGUGCUACUUCUUUAUCGAUGAUGUAAAAUAUUAACUUCUCCGAUAUAAGACACUUUAGUGGCUCUCAGAUGAGAGUCUGACCAUUAUAUUAGAUUUUAUAUAUUGAAUGCGUGCGUGUGAAUAUGUAUUGUAUAUGUGUACGGAGUAGUGUUUAUAGUAAUAAUUGUUGUAGAAUUCACUUUAAUCUUUUGAUACAUUCUGCAAAAAUGGCUGAUUGUUGUACGCGUAAUUGUAAUUUAAUGACACGCCAAACGACUCUCAAUGACAUUUUUCCGUUAGCGAUGGAAAAUAAACAUUACGAGUAUAUUCAGCCUAAUUCUUCGAGCUAAAUCAAUUAAUAAAAAGUCAGAAAAUGACUUGAGGUCAGACUCUCAAUCGAGGACUAGAUGACUUGAUUUGUUCAUUGUUAUGUCGCAAGUUAUAGAUCAAAUGACAAAGUGUCUUACAAAAUUUACAAAUGUGUCCAAAUGUUUAUGUAUAAUUUUCAAUUUAUUUUUAUUAUUUAUUCAAAUAAUAAUAUAGCAUAUAUAUGAGAAUAUAAUAUAUAUGCACAGCAGAGGAAAAAUAAUUGCUGUAACGAAAAUAAGAGUCAAUUGCAACUUUUGUAAGAAGUUAUUUUAUACACAAAAAUGCUGCUGCUCAGAACAAUCUCAAUUCGAUCGGUUCGGAGUUCAUUGUGACGAAAUUUUACUUGUCAAAUGCGUUCUUGUUUGCGUAAGCGUGCGAGGAAGUGUGUACAUUUGGUGAUUAUGAUAAAAGGCACAUGUGACAUGUUUAAUCCUUUCUAGAAAAAAAAUACGAGUGACAUGUUUAACCCUUUCUAAAAUGAUCAUAGAUACAAUUUAAAGAAAAUGUUUGACAUCGUAAGAUCCUCUUCCCUCCCCUUCAUGUAAAUCUUCAUACAAGAUUCUUUAUAUAGAAAUCUUUACACAAGAACAAUACAUAUUUUAAACUCCAUAUAUUAAUGCAAUCAUUAUGUUAAGGAAUAGAAUAAUUACAUUAAUCCCAAUUUAUUUCUAAUAAUAAAGAUAAUAAAGUAAAACUCCUUACCCCCCUACAUUAAAAAAAACAUGGAAAUGAGAAAUGAUGAAGCUCUAUAGUUAAUAUAUUGAAAGUGUUGAUGAAUUAAUCUCACAAAGAAUAAAUUCUUAUCACUUUCUUUCAAUAAAAAUGUAUUUUAGAAAAAUAAUGAGAAAAUAUAUUAAUGUACAAAAUAAUUUUUUAAAAUUUGUGGCCUUGUACAGCUGACCGAAACAAUACUUGAGAAACGUAAUUCCGUCGUGAAAGGGUUAACAGGGUCCUCGAGCAAACACAGUCACAAGGACAAGAUAUAUCACAAGGACGUAUAUCGAUAUCAGUAUCAUUAAGAGAGAUAUAUUUGAUCUGUCCAAUCUUUCAUUUAAUUGCUAAAACUCUAUUAAUUAUUAUUUAUUUGAUUAAAUGACAAUGUGCGUAAAGUGUAUGUAUACGAACCAAAUCACAAAUGGCAUGCACGAAGCCCUGAAAGUCUGUCUUUUGGUUCUCAGUAAAAAUAUUAUAAUUAUUAUUAUUAGAUUUA